AGCUUUCCGAAAUGCGGGCGUUUCGCGCCGGUCGCGGGUUAGCUUGGCGCAGCUCCCCCUCCUCGCCGGGGAUAGCUCAGCAGUGUGGACUAUCUGUCAGCACUCAGCGGUGCCGUGCAGCAAGCAACGGCACGCCAGCGCUGGCGGGCCCUCGGCGUGGGGCGCUUAUCGUGUUCGAGGGCAUCGACCGGUGCGGCAAGAGCACGCAGUGCAGCCUGUUGCUGGAGAGCCUUCAAAAGCAAGGGGUCCCGGCCGAGCUGUGGCGCUUUCCCGACCGGACCACGCUGAUUGGCGGCCUCAUAAACGAGUAUCUGCAGAAGAAGGCCUCGCUCAAUGACGCGGCCGUGCACAUGCUCUUUGUGGCCAACCGCCACGAGAAAAGGGAUGAGAUGCUGCGGCUGCUUGCGGGCGGCACCACGCUGGUGCUUGACCGCUACAGCUACAGCGGCGUGGCCUACACAGCAGCCAAAGGAGUGCCGCACCUUGGGCCGGACUUCUGCCGCUCUGUGGAGAGUGGGCUGCCGGCAGCAGACCUGGUGGUGUAUCUGGAUCUGGAUCCGGAGCUGUCGGCGGCGCGCGGUGGCUUUGGCGGCGAGCGCUACGAGAAGCUGGAGUUCCAAAAGAAGGUGCGGUCGCAGUACGGCGCACUCGCGGAUGGGCGCUGGCUGCGGUUGGACGCAUCGCAGCCGGCAGAGCUGCUGCAGGCCCAGGUGGCGGCGGCGGUGCAGCGGGUGGUGGAGCAGGCGGCGGCUGGCGAGCAGCUGGGGCAGCUGUGGGAUUAUGCUCCGAUGCCGCUGCCGUACGCAGAGCCUACUGCGUAGAGACGGGUGUGAUGGGACAGCGUAAGGGGCACGUUGGCGUAGUCCCGUGUGUGCACCAUAUUCCCAACGUUCAAUUUGCAACGCCAAGGCCAAUUGCGCGGCUGGUACAACGCCGGAGUUUCUGUACCGAGACACGCGGAGCCUGUUGCGUAGAGUCGCUGGAUGGUGGCAGCUCCGUGCGGGUGGGGCGCGGCGCCUGGACGAUGGGGGGACCCUAGGGCCCCGGUUAACCCCGAAGAGAUGAAAGGCCGCAGCUGGCCGCAGACGUAUGUACGAUUCGGCAUUCCAGGAGCAGCGAAGGAUGCCGGAGUUCCUUGAGCGUGGGGCGCUGGUUGAUACAUCUGGUUUUGUCAGUCAAGAUCCGGGGGUGGCAGAGAAGAGCGCAGGGCGUGAAGCCUGGAGCACGAGUGCACGGGACGGCGUGUGAGUGCUGAAGCAUGGACACAAUUGGUCUGGCGGACACGACACAGACAGCUGUUAAACAAAGCACUGCU